AUGAAAGCUCAGGGAAACGACAACUGUGUUGAAAAGGUACCACAUCGAACCAUACCCGACACGUGGAUCAUCUACCACCGAAAAGGUAAAAGGAUGAAGCACAUGCGAGUGAACAAAGGAGAGGGUAAGGUUAUCAAAUUGCAGCUUCUCCUUGGAAAAGAAGAUUUACUUUGGGAGAGCAAGGACAGUGACAGGUCUCGUGGCGGUGUUGUAAAAAAAAAAAUGGCAGCUCUGGUCAUUGCUGCAACAUGUGAGAAACUGGCUGAAACUGAUUGGAUGAAAAAUAUUGAAAUCUGUGAAUUAGUCGCUCAUGAUCAACGGCAGGCUAGAGAUGUCGUUAAAGCUAUAAAAAAGAGGCUGGGUUACAAGAACCCUAACAUUCAACUUUAUGCAGUAGCAUUGCUAGAAAUGUUGAUGAACAAUAUUGGAGAUCAUGUUCACCAGCAGGUGAUUGAUACAGGAAUUAUCCCUAUUCUUGUAAAAAUUGUGAAGAAAAAAUCAGAUUUGCCUGUAAGGGAGCGGAUAUUUCUGCUACUAGAUGCCACACAAACAUCCCUUGGUGGUGCUUCUGGAAAGUUUCCACAGUAUUAUAACGCGUAUUAUGAUUUGGUGAGUGCUGGGGUGCAGUUUCCUCAAAGGAAUCAAGUAACCCAAUCAAAUUGUCCUCGUUCACAACUUAAUGGGAUUAACAAUGUACCAUACGCAGAGCAGGACCCUCCUAGACAUCAGCCAGCAGAGUCACAAACUGUUACUGAAUCUAGCAUUAUUCAAAAGGCUAGUAAUGCGUUAGAAGUUUUAAAAGAAGUCCUUGAUGCUAUUAAUACCCAACACCCUCAGGCUGCAAAAGAUGAAUUCACUCUUGACCUUGUUGAACAGUGUUCAUUUCAGAAGCAAAGGGUAAUGCAUCUUGUGAUGACUUCUUGUGAUGAGAGGAUAGUUUCUCAAGCAAUUGAAUUAAACGAGCAACUCCAGAAAGUUCUUACAAGACAUGAUGGACUUCUUUCGGGCAGAGCCAUGACAAUAGCCAAUCACUUGGACUGUGAAGAAGAAGAGGAGGAAGAAGAACCAGAACAGUUAUUCCGGAGAUUACGCAAAGGAAAGGCUUGUGCAAGGCCUGAAGAUGAAGAAAGUGAACCUGAGUUGUCUCACUUUGGUUUGGUUGAAGAGAGACUCAACCGUCCCUUAAUAAGACCUCUAUCUUUGGAGCCAUCAUCAAGAGAAGCUAAUACUUGUCCUGCACCUGCUGUGAUUCCUCCUCACAUGGCAAUUCCACCACCACCUUCAAAACACAUUGAGAGGGAAAGAUAUUUCCAGGAAAAUAAAAAGGAUGGUGCUACUUUGGCUGGCCACUUGAGAGGCCUUUCCUUGCAUAGUCACAAUGGCAGCAGCUCUCACAGUGGAAGCUUUGAUUUUAGUGAUUGA